GGACAGUUCAAUCAUAGCAAAACAAUCAUUUCUGGUCAGCAAGCAAUCAAAAGGGAAGGAGUGUGAAUUUGAGAAAGAAAGGUGAAAACAUUUUCCUGAGGGCGUUUCAACACAUUCCACGCUGACGCUGCUGGCAAUGGGGGACAUCCAAAAAGGAAAGAAGGUGUUUGUCCAGAAGUGCUCCCAGUGUCACUCUGUGGAGGAAGGGGGUCGCCAUAAGGUGGGGCCAAACCUCUGGGGGUUGUUUGGCAGGAAGACGGGCCAGGCACCUGGAUACUCCUAUACUCAGGCCAACAUGGAGAAAGGUAUCAUCUGGGAUGAGGAAACUCUGAAUAUCUACCUUGAAAAUCCCAAAAAGUACAUUCCUGGUACCAAGAUGAUCUUCAGUGGGAUUACAAAGAAGAAAGAAAGAGCAGAUGUUAUUGCCUACUUAAAGGACGCAACCUCCUAAUGCACUGACAUAGUAGACUGCGUUCCAGCAGCUACACAUAGAGGGAUUGAAUGAGCUUUUAUGAGUCAAAAAUGUGUCGUUUCUCUUAUUUUUCUAUGACUGUUCAUUGAGGAAUUAGCUGCUCGACGCACAUAGCACCCAUGCUAAACUUUAAUUUGUUCAAUUAUAUUUAUCUUGUUUGUUCUUGCUGAAGAAAUUGAUUGUUCAGUUCUGGUUUAGAUUUGUAUUGGCCCUUUUUAUGGAUGGGUCGAAUGGGGAAAAUAUUUUACUCUUGUUCUCAUUUUCUCGUAUUUCAAGAACAACAACUCAAAAAUUUCCCAGCACAGAUCUUGAUAGGUUAUGUAUAUAUUUGUAAUUCAACAGCUGGAUUAAUAAUAAUAAGUCAUGUCACAUCAUUUACAUUUUUAAGGGGUGUUUUACAA